AUGGCUUUAUUGAAAAGAGGGGCACGUAAUAAGAAUGCUCAAGAGCCAGCAAAGCGAUCUGCCAAGAUUAAGAAAGCCACAUUUGAUGCCACCAAGAAAAAGGAAGUUGGUGUUUCUGAUUUAACCUUAUUGUCCAAAAUUUCAGACGAAACUAUCAAUGACAACUUGAAAAAGAGAUUUAUGAAUGGUACCAUUUAUACCUAUAUUGGCCAUGUUCUGAUUAGUGUGAAUCCUUUUCGUGAUCUAGGAAUUUACACAGAUGCCAUUGUAGAGUCAUAUAAAGGGAAGAAUAGAUUAGAGGUCCCACCUCAUGUCUUCGCAAUUGCAGAAUCCAUGUAUUAUAAUAUGAAAUCAUAUAAUGAAAACCAAUGUGUCAUCAUCUCAGGUGAGUCAGGUGCAGGGAAAACUGAAGCUGCCAAGAGAAUUAUGCAAUAUAUCGCUUCAGCUUCUACUACCCAUUCAGAAUCCAUUGGGAAGAUUAAAGAUAUGGUUUUGGCCACUAACCCAUUGUUGGAAUCUUUUGGUUGUGCAAAGACAUUAAGAAAUAAUAAUUCAUCAAGACAUGGUAAAUAUUUAGAAAUUAGAUUCAACUCCCAGUUUGAGCCUUGUGCCGGUAAUAUUACUAAUUAUCUGUUGGAAAAGCAAAGAGUUGUUAGCCAAAUUAAAAAUGAAAGAAAUUUUCACAUCUUCUAUCAGUUUACCAAAGGUGCCUCAGACGCCUAUAGACAGACAUUCGGUGUCCAAAAACCUGAACAAUAUAUUUAUACAUCAGCCUCAGGGUGUACAAGUGUUGACACCAUUGAUGAUGUGAAUGAUUAUCGAGAAACAUUAAAGGCUAUGGAAGUCAUUGGAUUACACCAAGAGGAACAAGAUCAGAUCUUCAGAAUGCUUGCUGCUGUCUUGUGGAUUGGUAAUGUCUCUUUCGUUGAAAAUGAAGAAGGUAAUGCUCAAGUUAGAGAUACUUCAGUUACUGAUUUUGUUGCUUACCUUCUACAAAUUGAUGCGCCCUUAUUGAUCAAAUCAUUAGUCGAAAGAGUCAUGGAAACAAAUCACGGUAUGAGAAGAGGUUCCGUAUACCAUGUCCCACUGAAUAUUGUUCAGGCAACAGCUGUAAGAGAUGCUCUUGCUAAGGCAAUCUACAACAAUUUAUUCGAAUGGAUUGUUGGCAGAGUAAAUGUUUCUUUGCAGGCCUACCCCGGUGCUGAUAGAUCUAUCGGUAUUUUGGAUAUCUAUGGUUUUGAAAUUUUUGAGCAUAAUUCUUUUGAACAAAUAUGUAUUAAUUAUGUUAAUGAAAAGUUACAACAAAUCUUCAUCCAAUUGACUUUAAAAUCUGAGCAAGAAACAUAUAAGAGAGAAAAGAUUAAGUGGACUCCUAUUAAAUACUUUGACAAUAAAGUCGUUUGUGAUUUAAUUGAAGCCAAGAGACCACCUGGUAUCUUUGCUGCCAUGAAUGAUUCUGUUGCAACAGCACAUGCCGAUUCAAAUGCCGCUGAUCAAGCAUUUGCCCAACGUCUGAACAUGUUCAGCAGUAAUCCUCAUUUCGAAUUAAGAUCUAACAAGUUUGUCAUUAAACAUUAUGCUGGUGAUGUUACUUACGAUGUCAAUGGUAUUACUGAUAAGAAUAAAGAUCAAUUACAAAAGGAUCUUGUGGAAUUGAUUGCAACAACCACAAAUCCAUUCUUAUCCGGAAUAUUCCCUGUGGAAGUCGAUAAGGAAUCAAAAAGAAGACCACCAACUGCUGGUGACAAAAUCAUCAAAAGUGCAAAUGAGUUGGUGGAAACAUUAUCAAAGGCCCAACCCUCCUACAUUAGAACGAUUAAACCAAAUCAAACAAAAUCACCAAACGAUUACGAUGAUCACCAAGUGUUACACCAAGUUAAAUAUUUAGGUUUACAGGAGAAUGUUAGAAUUAGAAGAGCCGGUUUUGCUUAUAGACAAACUUUUGAGAAAUUUGUUGAAAGAUUCUACUUAUUAUCACCUCAUUGUUCUUAUGCUGGUGACUAUACUUGGCAAGGUGAGACAUUAGAUGCUGUUCAGCAUAUUUUGAAUGAUGCCUCUAUCCCAGCUUCUGAGUACCAGUUGGGUACAACUAGUGUUUUCAUUAAAACUCCUGAAACCUUAUUUGCACUGGAGCAUAUGAGAGACAGAUACUGGCAUAAUAUGGCAGCUAGAAUUCAACGUGCCUGGAGACGUUUCUUGAGAAGGAGAAUAGAUGCAGCCAUUAGAAUUCAACGAACGAUAAGAGAAAGAAAAAGUGGUAAUAAGUACGAGCAACUACGUGAUGAAGGUACGAAAUUAUUGGGUGGAAGAAAAGAAAGGAGGUCAAUGUCAUUAUUGGGAUAUAGAGCUUUUAUGGGUGACUACCUUUCUUGUAAUGAAUCUAAAUCUAAGGGAUCCUAUAUUAAAAGGCAAGCUGGGAUUAAAGAAAGAGUGGUGUUUUCUAUUCAUGGUGAAAUGUUACAUUCUAAGUUUGGUAGAUCAGCCCAAAGAUUGAGAAAGACAUUUAUUUUGACACCUACAACAUUCUACAUUGUUGGGCAAACCAUGGUCCAAAAUUCAAUGAAGUACAUGCAAGAUUAUAGUAUCAAUUUGAAAAGUAUAAGAGAGGUCAGUUUAACAUCAUUGCAAGAUGAUUGGAUUGGUAUUGUCAUGAGUGGUUCUUCUCUUCCGGAUCCAUUUAUCAAUACCUCAUUCAAAACUGAACUUAUUACGCAAAUGAAGAAAUUAAAUGGUGGAAUUCAGGUAAAGGUUGGGCCUACUAUCCAAUAUCAAAAGAAGCCUGGGAAACUCCAUUCGGUUAAAUCGAGUAUCAGUGACACAGCACCAAAAUAUAGUGAUCUGUAUAAAUCCAGUACCAUUUUUGUUCGCCGUGGACAUCCAGCAAACUCCAAGUCCAAGAAGAAGCCUAGAAACAAGGGUGGUUCAUCAAGUGCCAGUUAUUCCACAUCUUAUACACAUAAUUCACGACCAAAAUCCAGUAUUUCACAACAGCCAAGAAGUCCAAAGCCGGUUGCAACAUCUAGACCUGCAACAAAGAAGGUUGCACCUCCCCCACCAGGAUCGCAAAAUUUGGCUGCCAGUGCUGCUCAAGCUGUGUACCAUCCAAAUGGGAACUCUAAACCAGCUGCUCCAAAUCCUGGUACUAAACCACAACAUCGUCCGGCUAAGAAGAGGGUAGCACCACCAAAACCUCAGCAAGCACAAAAACCAACCCAACGACCAAAAGAACAAGAACGCCAUAUCCAGAAACCAGCAGCAGCAGCUGUACCUCCUCCACCUCCACCUCCGCCAAUGGGACAAACAGAGCCCAAGUUUGAAGCUGCUUUUGAUUUCGCAGGGACAGGGGCAGCAUCCGAACUGCCUUUAAAGAAGGGUGAAGUUGUUUAUAUUACAAGACAAGAGCCAAGUGGGUGGUCAUUGGCUAAGACUUUAGAUGGUUCCAAGCAAGGUUGGGUUCCUACUGCUUAUAUUGCAGAAGUUAAGGGAUCUGUUCACACUCCUGCACCCGCUGCGGUUCCUGCACCAAAAGCACAUGUUCCUGUCGUCCAACAACAACAACAGCAGCCUACACCUGCAGCCAACCCAGGCCCAGGUUUCACUGAUGGUUUAGCAUCUGCUUUAGCUGCAAGAGCAAAUAAGAUGAGAGAUGAAAGUGAGGGAGAAGACAAUAACGGCGAUGAUGACGAUGAUGAUUGGUAG